GAUCGAUCAUUAAGCUUUUUCUCUCUAUAUAAAUAUCAUCACCCGCAACUCCUCUCUUUCCUCCUCGUUCUUUCCUCUUCGAAUAUCCCGAUCCUUCCCUAUAGCUGCCGUUCAUUUCUCUGUAUCUCUCAGUUAAAGCCAUGGAGAAAGCGAUCAACAGGCAGCGUAUCUUGCUCCACCAUCUCAACCCUUCUGCUUCUUCUUCCCCCAACAAUUACGAUUCCGCCAUUUCUGCAUCAGCAUGUUUAGCUGGGGAUAGCGCUGCGUAUCAGAGGUCUUCUGUGUUUGGAGACGACGUGGUGAUAGUCGCAGCACAUAGAACUGCCAUUUGCAAAUCUAAGCGUGGCGGCUUCAAGGAUACUCAUCCUGAUGAUUUGCUUGCACCUGUUUUGAGGGCAUUGAUAGAAAAGACCAAUCUGAACCCAAGUGAAGUCGGAGACAUUGUUGUGGGUACAGUGUUGGCACCAGGAUCUCAAAGAGCAAGUGAAUGCAGGAUGGCUGCAUUCUAUGCUGGCUUUCCUGACACUGUGCCUGUCAGAACAGUUAACAGGCAAUGUUCAUCUGGGCUUCAGGCUGUUGCUGAUGUAGCUGCUGCCAUUAAAGCAGGGUUUUAUGACAUUGGUAUUGGGGCUGGGUUGGAAUCCAUGACCUCUAAUCCAAUGGCUUGGGAAGGCUCAGUCAAUCCAAGGGUAAAGAGCAUGGAGCAGGCGCAGAACUGCCUGCUUCCUAUGGGAAUUACUUCUGAGAAUGUUGCACAUCGUUUUAGUGUGACAAGGCAGGAGCAGGAUCAGGCUGCAGUUGACUCUCACAGGAAAGCAGCUGCUGCUACUGCUUCUGGUAAAUUUAAGGAUGAAAUAAUCCCUGUCAAAACCAAGAUUGUUGACCCAAAAACUGGGGAUGAGAAACCUGUCACCAUUUCUGUUGAUGAUGGGAUUCGACCAAAUGCUUCACUGUCAGAUCUUUUGAAGUUAAAGCCUGUGUUUAAGAAGGAUGGGAGCACUACUGCUGGGAAUUCUAGCCAAGUGAGUGAUGGUGCUGGGGCUGUUCUACUCAUGAAGAGAAGUGUUGCCAUGCAAAAAGGGUUACCCAUCCUUGGUGUUUUCAGGACUUUUUCUGCAGUUGGUGUGGAUCCUGCCAUCAUGGGUGUUGGCCCAGCUGUUGCAAUUCCGGCUGCAGUUAAAGCUGCAGGGCUUGAACUCGAUGAUAUUGAUCUUUUUGAGAUAAACGAGGCAUUUGCAUCUCAGUUUGUGUAUUGCCGCAAGAAGCUGGAUCUUGAUCCUGAAAAGAUCAAUGUCAAUGGAGGUGCAAUUGCAAUUGGGCAUCCUUUGGGUGCAACAGGUGCUCGCUGUGUUGGCACGCUCUUGCAUGAAAUGAAGAGACGUGGCAAAGACUGCCGUUUUGGAGUGGUGUCAAUGUGCAUAGGCACAGGAAUGGGUGCAGCAGCUGUCUUUGAGAGGGGUGAUGGCGUAGAUGAGCUCUGCAACGCCCGGAAAGUUGAAACCCACCAUCUCCUAUCCAAGGAUGCUAAGUAGGACAUCAUUUUGCAAUACCUGUUGCAAUUACCUAGUCACCAAGCUAAAUUGGUGGUGGAAAUUCUAAUAAAAGCAGCGCAAUAAGUUAGUUUUUGUUUUUACUAGAAAACUGAACGAAAUUCAGGACAUGAUGGAUCUUGAUUUUUAUAGUAUUAAAUAUUUUAUUAUUUGCCCAUCAAUGUAUUAAUACAAAAUUCGGUUUUGUUGCACCUUGUUUAUCUACUCA